AUUUCACGGUAAGGUCUACACUUGUUGUAUUCGGCGCAUGUGACAAAUUAAGUUUGAUUUGAUUUGAUUUGACGACUCUUGGGUAAUAGUGGAACUUUGUGCCUCAGCAAAACGUCGUCCCCCAGAUGUAUGCCUAGUUUUCUUCCUAUAAGGCCAGCACAUUUCACCUUCUCGUAUCUCUAGAUCAUGAUUCACUGGUAUUUGGAACAGAAUCCCCUAUUGCUGUGAACAAGCAGUUGCGUGUCAAAACGAUGACAAAGAUAAAGCGGUGUGGGUGAGACAGAUGACAUAGAAAUGAAGGUUGGGUUGUGACUGCAAACUUCCUGAAUUAGCUAAAUAGAUAUUGCUGUUUGUGAUGUCACACUGGCUCUGGCCAGUCCUCAGAGGAAGUCAUUCUUAAAGUUAAUCUCAAGACGUUCCUCUUUAAACCAACAGAAAAGCCUGAACAGUGGAGACACACAGGAGAGGAGAUAUGUUGAGGGGAGCAUAGACUGCCUUUCACACCCAAUUGAUGUCACACUGACCCCAAACGCAUGACUCAACUGAUAUUCCCCUGAGAUGCUCUGAAAAGAGGAAGAGGUGGACUUUGUGAAAAAACGGCAACAUCCAACGUUUCCUGGAAGCGAAAUCAUACUUAAUCUAACGAUGGCUGAAAUGGCUACAGUAGCACACGAUAACUCUACUGGCAGAGAGAACCAGUCCUUGCACUGCCCAUCCGCUCAGAAUCUGGUGGCCGACAUACUGCCUCCUGUCCUGAUUAUAGAGCUCAUACUGGGCCUGCCAGGCAACGUAGUGGCCCUGUGGAUCUUCACUUGCCAUCUGAAGAUCUGGAGGGUCAACACUCUAUUCCUCUUCAACCUGGUCCUGGCUGACUUCAUGCUGCUCAUCUGCCUGCCCUUCCGCAUUGACAACCUGCUCCGUGGGGAACAAUGGGUGUUUGGCGACGCCUGGUGCCGGAUCAACCUCUUCAUGCUGGCUGUCAACCGUUCAGCAAGCAUUGCCUUCAUGACUAGCGUGGCCUUCGACCGCUACUUCAAGGUGGUCCAUCCACACCACCGCAUCAACCACAUGACGUCUACUCAGGCGGGAAUGGUGGCGGGGGGCAUCUGGGCGGUAGUGAUCUCCCUGCGGCUCCCCCUGCUGGCCACCAACCUCCUAGUGGAGCAUGGCAACAUCUCCCUGUGCCGCAGCUUCAGCUCCUACACCGUGAUUCCCCCGGCGAUCCUGCUGCACUACAUGGUGUUCGUCGGGGAGUUCUUCCUGCCCCUGCUGCUCCUGCUGUUCUGCUCAGCCAGGAUCGCCUGCAUCCUGCGCCAACGGCAGCUGGACAAAGAGAAGAAGGUGCGGCGGGCCAUCCGGGUGGUGGGGCUAAUUGUGGCUGUGUUUGUGCUGUGUUUCUUUCCUGGCAUCGCCACAGGCCUAGUUUCGCUCUAUAUCAAGGCGUUCAGACCUUGGGACUGUGACUCCUACAAAAUGGCAGGCCAGCUUUUCAGCCUGUCCAUUGGCUUCACCUACCUUAACAGCGCCCUGGACCCGGUCAUCUACUGCUUAUCCAGCUCCAUGUUCCAGAAUUCCCUCAAGAGCUCCAUCAAUAAGAUGGGCCUGGCGGAGUUGAGGCUGAGCCGACGGGGAAGCAUGGCCAGCGAUGGGUGAGGGGAGAUGGGGUGAGGGAGGCAACUCUGGCCCUUUCCUCCAGAGACAGGCCCCACCUUCUAGAAGGCCCUAAUAAGGAGAACAGACUCAUGCCAGUGAAUUGAAUGGAGACUAGACAGAGGAAUUUUACAGCUAUAAUUAACAAGCCAUAUGUUAUAUUCAGAAACAUUUCGUAGCUAUGUGGGAUACGUACUUGAAAUGGCUGAAUACCAGUUAGUGUGAAAAAAAGAUAGGAAAAAGAAUGCAAUCAUUCCAUCUGAAUUUGACAUUAUUUUCACAACCAUGUGAUGUUGUAGAACGACAUUAUGUUUUUGUCUUGAUUUACUAAUAUGUCUGUCAAAUACACAAUUUUUACCAAAUACAGUGUUCAUACAGCAAGAUGUUUAAUCAAAUGUAUGUGUUGCUCAGUUCUUUAUAAAAGUGGUAUUUUUAUGUGA